AUGAAAAUACUGAAGACUAUUAUAAUUGAUUCCGCACCAGAUAAGGUGCGGUCUGUGUUUCUCGAUUUGCCGUCGCAUGCUAAGUGGGAUCCUUUUUUUGUACUGUUUGAAUCAGAGACUAGCGAAUUGAAGCCCGGUUCCAAGCCAAAAAUACAAUUGAAGUUUAAAGGUGAUUCGACCGUACGAACUAUGACACCCGUAGUACUUGAGAACAACGAGGAAAAGCUUCAAUGGAAAGGGACCUUAUUCUUGGAAUAUUUGUUUACUGGAACUCAUACCUUUGAGUUCUUGCCACACGAAGAAGAUGGCAAAGAAUCUACCAAAUUUAUUCAAACUGAGGAUUUUUCAGGAGUUUUAGUGUACGUUCUCAAGUGGAUUGGUAUUUUUGGUAAGACAGAAGGAAGCUUUGAGGAAUUAAACCAAGCCUUAAAAAAAGAAGUUGAGAGAUAA